AUGUCGUUCCUCUCCAAGAGGUUGAUGUCGACCAUCAAAAUGAAACCGACCCCGUCCAAAGCACACCACCAUUACCCGUUGCCGUCGUCGUCUUUCCCCGAAGGCUUCGUAUUGGGAGGCAUCCACGCAGGGGUGAAGAAGAAAGCUGGCGUUCCUGACCUCGCUGUAAUCCUAUCGACUUCGGAGCGUCCUACUACCGCAGCAGCAUGCUUCACCCGUAACGCAUUCAAGGCUGCACCCGUCAUAGUGUCCAACGAGGUACUCAAAAAGAACGGCGGAUACGCGCGUGCGGUUGUGGUCAACAGCGGUUGUGCGAACGCCGUUACUGGCAAGCAGGGUAUGGACGAUGCGUGGGCUAUGGUCCAAGCCACCGACGGUCUACUCUCAAAGUCCUACAAGUCCUCGGAGUUUGAACACGAGACGCUUGUCAUGUCGACGGGUGUCAUCGGACAGAAUCUGCCCAUCUCGAAGAUCGUUGCAGGCAUCAAGUCCCAGUCUGCAGCCACACUUGGAUCUGAUUUUGCGGCAUGGGAGCGCGCGGCGCAGGCAUUCAUGACCACAGACACGUUCCCAAAACUUCGCUCCCGGACGUUUACGAUUGGAGGUGUUGAAUAUAGAAUGGCGGGCAUGGACAAGGGCGCCGGUAUGAUUCACCCGGACAUGGGCCCCGCUGGUACCACCUUCUCUGCCCCCAAACAACUCCACGCCACCCUUCUUGGAUGCAUCAUGACCGACGCGGCCGUCUCUCCCAAAAGCCUUCAGAGUGCUCUCACGUACGCUGUCGACCGUAGCUUUAACUCGAUCAGUGUUGACGGCGACAUGUCCACCAACGAUUCAAUCUACGUUCUUGCAAAUGGUGCGGCUGCUAAGGAUGGCGCGGUAAUCGAUGAGGACACAGAUAAGCAGGGUUACGAGGUCUUCAAGAAAGAAUUGACGGAUUUCGCUGCUGAUCUCGCCAAGUUGGUUGUUCGGGAUGGAGAAGGUGCAACGAAAUUUGUCACCGUUACUGUCAAGGGUGCUCCUUCAUACAAAGACGCACAUAACAUCGCUUCCCGAAUCUCGACCUCCGCACUCGUGAAAACUGCUCUCUACGGAGAAGAUGCCAACUGGGGACGUAUUCUAGCAGCAACUGGUUCAGUUCCUCUCCUCCCGUCGGCUUCAACAGGUGCUACCCCCGUCAUCGACCCCAAGAAGGUAAACGUCACCUUCGUUCCUUCGGACGGCACAGCCGCGCUCCCUGUUCUCGUCAACGGCGAGCCUGAGAAAGUGGACGAAGUGAGAGCCAAGGAGAUUUUGACCCUCGAAGACUUCGAGGUCCUCGUCGAACUGGGAAUGGAGGGUGAUGGUGAGGGCGAGGCGCAGUAUUGGACCUGCGACUUCAGCUACAGGGUUGCCCUCAGGUCCGUGUUAUAG